GCGGUUCAAACCUCCAGAGACUCGCCAGUACAGACUAGCGAAUUUGGGAAGCCCGCUACCCCCGCAGGCCGUGGUUCUGCUCCUCCUGGUGUUCUCCAACAAGCUAUCCCGGCCCUCUGCAGGAGGCAAUGGAGUCUAGCGGUGAUGACAGUAUUCGGGUGUUUGUUCGAGUGCGACCUCCCGACCCCAACCUGGACGGAGAUCUAUACCACGCCCACUGUGUCGAUGUGACCUCCGCGACCUCUCUCAGCGUGCAGAGUCGACCAGAACCAAAAGUGUUCACCUUUGACCAUGUAGCUGGAAUGCAGACCACUCAGGAGGAUGUGUUUUCUGCCAUAGGACGACCCAUCAUUGAGAGCUGCAUGUGUGGCUACAAUGGAACCAUCUUUGCCUAUGGGCAGACUGGGUCAGGGAAGACCUUCACUAUGAUUGGGUUUGAGUACCUCUUCAGUCUCAUCAACAGAGAGAUAGAGAAGUGUGGCGAUUUGGUGGAGUUUCUGUGCAAGUGUUCGUUUCUGGAGAUCUACAACGAGCAGGUCUUUGACCUCCUAGACCCAGCUUCCUCUGGUCUCCAUAUCCCAUAA